GUGGGGGGAGCAGAUGCCGCUGGCUGCGAGCGGGAGCCGAGUGCAAGCAGAGCGCAGCCGCGAGGGAGGCGCGGGGGAGGCGAGCCGGAGCCCAGGCGCUAGCUGCAGCCUUGAGUGUCGUUCCAGAGCACCCAACCGGAGCCGGAGCCGCAGCCGCAGCCGCGAUGGCCGUGGCGGUGGGGAGACAGUCUAAUGAAGAGCUUCGAAACUUGUCCCUUUCUGGCCAUGUUGGAUUUGACAGUCUCCCGGACCAAUUGGUCAACAAGUCUACUUCUCAAGGAUUCUGUUUCAACAUCCUGUGUGUUGGUGAGACAGGCAUUGGCAAAUCCACAUUAAUGGAUACUUUAUUCAACACCAAAUUUGAAAGUGACCCAGCUACACACAACGAACCAGGUGUCCGGUUAAAAGCCAGAAGUUAUGAGCUUCAGGAAAGCAAUGUACGGCUGAAGCUAACCAUUGUUGACACCGUGGGAUUUGGAGACCAGAUAAAUAAAGAUGACAGCUAUAAGCCAAUAGUGGAAUACAUUGACGCCCAAUUUGAGGCCUACUUGCAAGAGGAACUGAAGAUUAAACGUUCUCUCUUCAACUACCACGACACGAGGAUUCAUGCCUGCCUCUACUUUAUCGCCCCCACGGGACAUUCACUGAAGUCUCUGGACCUGGUCACCAUGAAGAAGCUGGACAGUAAGGUGAACAUUAUUCCAAUAAUUGCAAAAGCAGACACGAUUGCCAAGAAUGAAUUGCACAAAUUUAAAAGUAAGAUCAUGAGUGAACUAGUCAGCAAUGGCGUCCAGAUAUACCAGUUCCCUACAGAUGAAGAAACGGUGGCAGAGAUUAAUGCAACGAUGAGUGUAAGACCUCAAAUAAAAUGGGUCCACCUCCCAUUCGCAGUGGUUGGCAGCACCGAAGAAGUGAAGAUUGGCAACAAGAUGGCAAAGGCCAGGCAGUACCCCUGGGGCGUGGUACAGGUUGAGAAUGAAAACCAUUGUGAUUUUGUGAAGCUGCGGGAGAUGCUGAUUCGCGUGAACAUGGAAGACUUGAGAGAACAGACACACACCCGCCAUUAUGAGUUGUACCGGCGCUGUAAGCUUGAGGAGAUGGGAUUUAAGGACACUGACCCUGACAGCAAGCCCUUCAGUCUUCAGGAGACCUAUGAAGCAAAAAGGAAUGAAUUCCUGGGAGAACUGCAGAAGAAAGAAGAAGAGAUGAGACAGAUGUUUGUUAUGAGAGUGAAGGAGAAAGAGGCUGAACUUAAAGAGGCAGAGAAAGAGCUCCACGAGAAGUUUGACCUUCUAAAGCGGACACACCAAGAAGAGAAGAAGAAAGUGGAAGACAAGAAGAAGGAGCUCGAGGACGAGGUGAACAAUUUCCAGAAGAAGAAAGCAGCAGCUCAGCUACUACAGUCCCAGGCCCAGCAGUCUGGGGCCCAGCAAACCAAGAAAGACAAGGAUAAGAAAAAUGAGAUAAAUGACGAAGCAAAGUGGCUGGUGCUUUGAUUCCUGGAAAGAGGUUACUUAAAGCCAUGAGAUGAGCAUUCAAAAGAAACUAAAUGUAAGUAAAGUCAGAUUAUUCUGUGCCAUUAGAUAAUGAAACCAUGAGUCAAGAGCUGUCUCCCUCGUACUACACCACAAUUUGUAAAGACAGAAAUCUGGUGAUGGGAUCAGUGGCAACAGAAGGGUUACAAUUCUUUGAUACCAGAAUAUAACACAUUAUCAUAGAAUUAAACAUGUAGGUCUCAUUGAAAGUAUAAUUGGCUUUAUUCUUAAGCCCCUUAUUUUUAAUAUUUUAUCAAUUGUAUACUAUUAUUUUAAGAACAUUCUGCAUCAGUUGUAAAGAUUUUUUUGAGCAAUGUUUAAAAGUCUAGGUAGUAUUAUUUUUCUAAGUAGAGAAAUGUGUGGUCUGAAGUUGCUAUUCUUUUUCAAUCUUAGCCCCCAGGUUAGAGGCAGUCUAAGAGUAACCUUGAUAGGAACAGAGGCUGUUCUUAGUAGGUUAGCCUCCAUUCAGUAAACUUAGGGGAGCCAAUCAUGGACACCAUUGUCAAGUGCCUUGCCAUCUCUCUUAAGACUGCCAUUGACUUGGCAUUUUACCUUCGGUGGCUCCUUUUUUCAAGUGUUGGCAAAACUGGUAGGUUCUCAAGUUCUCCUGGCUGUGAAAGGGGUGUGAAACCACCCUGGGGAUAAUGAUCAGCAAUAAUAAAAAUUACUAGGUUUCUCAAACUAGAUAGUGGAAAAGAAAAGCAAGGAGAACUUAGCUGUCAGAACGUAUUUCCAUGGGCGACAGCCUUUUAAUUUUUCAUUCAAUCUUUUAAAAAUAUUACUUGAUACUAGAUACAGACUCUGCCUAAUACAGGCAUAGUCUAGAUGGUCCCCUUAAGAUUAGUACAACACAAGAAUAAAGGAGACAUCUGAUCUUCUGAAUCAGUAUACACUGAGCCAUAGCAAAUGAAAAUAAGGUAUUAUUCCAGUGUUUGACUAAACCUCCUUCCCCAUCAACAGUACUUGUAUGAAAAUUCCUUAUUUAUAUUUUUGUCUACCAUUAGCACAGAUUAUGGGUAAAUAGUUCUGGUUGUCGAGAAGCUUAAGUACAUAAUUUUUUGCUGUAUUUAGGUGAACUUUCUACACGAAACCUUUUGUUUGACAGAUGAUUUACCAUCUUUCUACCGUGGAGAUUGACAGUGAGGGCAUGAGGGCCCACUUGGAAGUCCCGUGUGCUUGAAUUGUUAUGACUGGUAUCUAGUCCUUGUGACUGAUGCCAUCUGGCUUUCAGAUCAAUCUCCAGAGAGCAACUGUCAUUCCCAGGGCUGGUGAAGGAACUGAAUAUAUUCAUUUGUGAAGACUCAUGUAAGCCUUUUCAACAUUGCCAUUCCUGACUAGUAACUCUAUAGAAAUGCAAUCUGCUGGUUGUCAGUGGAACAUCAUAUGGAGUGCAAGAGUCCACAUCUGCCUCAAAUCAUUUGAAGUACCAUGAGUUGAAUGGCCUUCCCUUCCUUUGUGGAAAUUGUCUUUCAAAAUUAUGCCUCGGGAGAGGCAGAGGCUAUUUUAAUGAGGUCUGUCCCACAAAAGAAUGAAUGUGCAUGUCUGUGUAAAGAGUAGAAUAACAUUCCAUCAGGAGUUGGGCAUAACCCAGGCAUUCUUUGUACAUGUUUUUAGAACUCUGAUGAGUUGCAGAUCUAGCUCUCCUUGCUUUUUACAUCCACCCAUACUACUCCCUUUCCAUAAACUUUAUUCUACAUAAUGCACCAAACGUAUGUUAGUUGCACUUCUCCCUCUACACCUCCUAAGCAUAGUAAAUUUUUGGAGUGAAGGAAAAAGUAAGCCCUUUCCAUUGCUAAUUUAUCUGAAGAUAGAUUAUAUUCUGAAUAGCAAGAGAGUCCCAUUACCAGUUGCAUUUCUGUUGUUCUUUGCUGGAGUUUGCCCUUCAUUCGGGGGUAUCUGCUGCGUAAUAAAAUAAGCUGUUCCCAGGAAAUAAGACACCAGUCCACUGUGUCUAGAGCUAUUUGAGAAAAAAAAUAUUUUUUUUCCUUCUUUAUUGCCUUAGCUAUUGUGUAACAUAAUAAGACCAACAGUUCUGACAUUUGAUCUGCUAUGAAGAUUAUAUGUUGAGUCUAAAAGGAGAGUUCUCCCUCAUCCUUAACUCAGAAGUGGGGAGCUACAAAACUAGAAUUGUGAAUUCAUAUUUCUGUAUAAGCCAUUGUUGGUUGUGCAUUGAAGAGUAAUCAACAGAUGGCAGAAGUGGAGUUGUCCUACAUAUCAGUAUUUUGUAAAACCCACUCAAUUCAUCACUAUGAGGAGAAAAAGUUUUAAUUCCUUGAUGCAUGCUGGCUGUGAACAUUUUAUUCUUUACUGUCCUAAUGACUGGUGGAAUCCAACUCAAGCAUCAAGCUUUUAGAACCUAUUUUUCACACCAUCUCAGUUUUAUUUCUAGGCUACUUUGUAGGACUCACAAAACUCACUAAUUAGGAUGCUUAAUUUGUAAAAUUGGUCUGGGUUUUGUUUUGUUUUUGGUUUGAGACUGGGUACCCAGUCAUUUUUUUACCCUUCUCUGAUUGUGCUGACAUUCCGUUUUACAUGCAUCCUGUACCUUAAGUGAUCUGUACUAGUAACUGCAAAAAUUGUUGAUGCAGUGGCACUUAGUAACCAGGGCAGUGUUCAACUGCUCAUUACCUUAGAUGAAGCCCCCCAAAACUCAAUUUCUUUCAGAAAUUUAAAACAAUGAAUGAUUCUUUUUCUGGAAGCACCAUCUAGUGGUCAAAGCUCAAAGCAUUAUUUAGUAAGUAUAGAAAACUGUUAUUAACAUAGUUUAAAUGCUAAUUUCAAGAAUUUGAGAGGCUUUAGAAGUGACAUUUACAUGUUAGUCAAAACAUCCUGAUGUCAAAUAGAAGGGUAGAGGUUUAAGAUGAGUUAGAAGUUGAACCUCUUUCAAAAUUCUUGGCUAUGUGGCACUGUACAACUCUCUUAACCCUCAAUUUGAUAAUGUAAACCAGAGAUGCUUCUCUCAGGAUGAUUGUGAGAAAGUAUGGCACAGUGUCUUCCCUUUUCAGUUAUAGAAUGUACAAACUACCUUAGAAAGAAGAUAAGGUACCCGUCAUGUUGGCUGAGCAUCAUUAGCUUAAUAACAUUUUCUGCUCAAGGGAAGAAAACACCAUGCUGCUUUGGGCAGUAAUGUUCAAGCACAACCUGCCUUCUUGCUUCAGGAAGAGUUAACUGGGAAGCUUGACAAUCCAGGUAUGUGAGGAGUAUAGACAACACAAAAGUGGUUGGCUCUAACACAGAGAAGAAAUAGUACUUCUUGGGUGGGCAGACACUGAUCUCUCAAUUCCCUCAACAGUGGGAAGCUGAGGCAACUGAGUCAAGAGCUUUCUUCAGAGACAAAGGCAGUGUCAGGAAUAUUUCUCACAAGUGUGUUACAUUUGCUUUCUUUGGUGUUUGGAAGCACUCAUUCCCAGCUCUCCUUCUCCCUUCACACUAAGACAAUCAUCCAUCUAUAGGGGAAACAUUCACUUCUCCACAGGUAACUAACUUCAUAUUAUUCUUUAAUAGUCUCUUAUAGUUUCAUCUUCAAGAACUACAGCAUGUUCUUCCCCUCUUCUGUGGGAGUAUUAGAGAAGAACUACUUUAUGCCCAUCAAGUUUCCUAGCCUUUCCAGAGGCUUCAUGGAAUGGUCUUAUAACCACCAGGAGGCACCAAACAAUUAUGAUACAUAGUUCCCAAAUCUUGGCUGUCAUGCCAAGAUACCAACUUGGGACAGAUUACGUUUUGGAUAAAACAGGAAUAGUUAGAAUAUUCUUAAUGAAAAGUUAGUUCACUGCUAUUUCUCAAGCCAGAGUUUUCAAAGAGACCAUAGAAAGUGGGCUGAGUUCUCUAGACUUACCAGGGAACACAUAUUGAAAGGGUACACGGGUCAGGUCUCAAGUAUUAUAACUUGAACUAUGGGUUAAAUGAACUUUGAGGCAUGAAAACUAGAAGUCCAACCACCCACUUGAUUCAGUGUCCCAUGGAAAUAAUACUGUUUCCAAACUGAUUUACCACAUUUUGGGGAGGGUUGGGGGAGAGACAGGGUCUUGCUACAUUUGUCCAGGCUGGGUCCCAAAUUCCUGGGCAUGAAUAAUCCUCUUACCUCAGUCUCCCAAGUAGCAGGAGUUACUGGUAUGUAGCACUGUGCUUUAUAUAUUUAUUUUUGGUGGGGUGGAGUACUGGAGAUUGAAUCCAGGGGCAUUGUACCACUGGGCUACAUCCCCAGCACCACUUUUAAGACAGGGACUCUUAAGUUGCUGAGGCUGGCCUCAAACUUUGUAUUCUCAUCUCCAGAGUAGCUGGAUUUACACCGCACCCAACUACUAUCCAUUUUUAAUACUAGAAAAACUCAAGAUCAAAUGAUCAAAAUCCUGUUGCCCUCUAAUUUUGCUCAACUUGAAGCUCUAGGACUAAAAAUUAAUUAUUCUAAAUCUGGAUUUAAUUUUACUCCCGGCUUUCUACAUAACAAAACUAUGUCAUCUGUUAUGGGGGUGGGGGGAACUAAGUGCCAUUUGUUUUGUAGAUACUGUGAAUAUACAGUUAUGGAAUUUUAAAAAAUAUGUAUCUGAGGCCAAUUCCUGCUAUCUUCAAUAACAAUUUCUUUAUCAUCUUCCCUCAUUCCCUGAACUUAGACAUAAGCAAAAUAUUCCCCUUCAAGGUUAUAAAAUUUCAACCUUGCUCUGCUAUACCUGAACAAAAUCAGUGGGCUAAAAAUGUUUCCUAGAUGCAGAUCUGGGCCUUCCCCUACACAGUCCCAUUAGUAUAAAAAUUUACUGUUUGGAAGAUCCACAGCCCAUCAGUGACAAAACACCAUAAAGGGAAAAUUCUCAUGUCUAAAACCUGCAUCCUUGUCACAUUCAUAUCCCUUUUUUUUUUUUCAUGUUUUAUUUUUAGUAAACAUAUCUUAAUAUUUUCUAUUGUUUUCCUUUGUUCAAAUAGCAGUGCCUAAGUACCCAGGAAACUGUCCCUUCAUAAGGGGGGGGGGGGGACUUCAGACACAAAGAUUAAGGACAACUUUUUAUUGCUUCCAGAGGCUUUUUAUCAUCAGUACAUGGUUCUGGCUGUAAUACUUUCUUCAGACUGUGAAGGGAGCUCAGGAUCCAGAAGUUAAGAAAAACAUAGGUAUAUUGGGGUGGGGGAGAGGAGAAUAACUUUUAUCAAGAAAGUCCUAAUAGCUUAACAUAAAAGUAGGGUACUAAAUUCAGUUAUUACAUAUUACAAGACUCAAAUCAUUAGAGCUGCCCCAAUAUCUAGACAGUCUCUCCUACUGAUUAUCAGUGAGUGAAAACAAAUCAGUUACCAAAAAAAUCUAAUUAUAGGUUACAUACAUGUUUCUUUGGUAAGCACCGGGAUAUAUUAACUUUAUCACAAAUUCUUUUAUACAACUGUCAAAAAUGCUUUCAACAAAUCUGUCUUAAUUACAUGCCAUUUCAAGCUUCACUUUAAACAAAAAUGAAGUUACUUUGUUUUUAAACUCUAAAAAUUGAAAUAAGAUCAAAAAAUCAUGUGGUAACAUGAGAACUUUUUCCUACUACCACCUGAUUCAUAUGGGAUAAUUCCAAAGUACCCUUUUCAGAUUAACUGGAGUUGAAUCAUGAAUUGUACAUGGCUGCCAUACUAAAUUAAACUGGUUAAAAAAAAAAAUUCAGGGUUACCUAUUCAGUGAAGUCAGAAGA